AUGGCUUCGGCAAUCUUCUUCUUGGACUUGAAGGGCAAGACCCUCCUUGCCCGCAACUAUCGAGGGGACAUCCCCAUGUCUGCUGUCGAAAAGUUCCCUAUCCUCCUCAGUGAAGCCGAAGAAGAGAGCUCCGCGGUUCCUCCCUGCUUUUCCUCCGAGGGAGUUAAUUACCUUUAUAUCCGACAUAGUAAUCUAUACGUCCUUGCGCUUACGAAACGAAACACAAAUGCUGCCGAGAUACUUCUCUUCCUACACAAGAUUGUGGAGGUCUUUACGGAAUACUUUAAGGAAUUGGAAGAGGAGAGUAUUCGGGACAAUUUUGUCAUUAUAUACGAAUUGCUGGAUGAAAUGAUGGAUUUUGGCCAUCCACAAACUACAGAAAGCAAAAUAUUACAAGAGUAUGGCUGUCCAUUCAUCUUUUUCUGGGAGUAUAUCACCCAAGAAUCGCAUAAACUGGAAGUGCAAGCACGACCACCUAUAGCUGUUACAAACGCAGUCUCGUGGAGAAGUGAAGGCAUUCGAUAUCGCAAGAACGAGGUAUUCCUCGACGUCGUCGAAUCGCUAAAUCUCCUUGUCUCUGCUACUGGAAAUGUGCUUAGAUCCGAAAUAUUGGGGGCUGUGAAGAUGAAAUGCUAUCUCAGUGGCAUGCCAGAACUUCGCUUGGGUUUAAAUGACAAAGUUAUGUUCGAAACGACAGGCCGAGCAACCAGGGGUAAGGCAGUCGAAAUGGAGGAUGUCAAGUUCCACCAGUGCGUACGGCUGUCUAGAUUCGAAAACGAUCGAACCAUUAGCUUUAUUCCGCCAGACGGCGAAUUUGAGCUAAUGAGCUACCGGCUCAAUACUCAAGUGAAGCCGUUGAUAUGGGUAGAGUGUCUCGUGGAAUCACACUCUGGCUCAAGAAUCGAAUACAUGCUCAAAGCAAAAGCACAGUUCAAGCGGCGUAGCACAGCAAACAACGUGGAAAUUCUUGUUCCGGUACCCGAAGAUGCAGACUCACCGAGAUUUCGAACAAACGUGGGUACCGUCCACUAUGCGCCAGAGAAAUCCGCGAUUAUAUGGAAAAUCAAACAGUUUGGCGGAGGGAAAGAAUUCCUCAUGCGCGCAGAACUAGGUUUACCGUCCGUCAAGGGUGAUGACGAACAUGGCGGUGGAAUGACGGGCGGCUUUGGUGGGAGCAUGGGUGGUGCAGGACAAGGUGGAAAAGGGAAGCGGCCUAUCAAUGUCAAGUUCGAGAUUCCGUACUUUACAACAAGCGGCAUCCAGGUCCGGUACUUGAAGAUCACAGAGCCAAAGCUUCAAUAUCCUUCGCUUCCAUGGGUUCGCUACAUCACUCAAUCUGGGGACAUUGCGGUUCGCUUGCCUGAGGCCCAGUAG